AUGAUAAGAAGUUGCUAUGACCUUUUGAAAUCUCAAGAAGAGCGCCAGACACCGAGAUGGUUCAUAUGGAAUCGGUACUUAGUGGCUGUAUUGGUUUUGGUAGUCAAUUUCGGAUUACCAGCUAGCAAUGUAUUGGAAGAGAAGUAUUCGAUCAUUCUGACCAUCGUCAUCGGAUUCUGUCUGAUGCUCUUUUUUUUCUCCAUCUACGAACACUGUGCUUUUCAAUACUACGACUUCCGUCUCUCCUUUCCCAAAGAUGCCAAACUCACCAACCGCCAAAUUGUUGGCCUUAUCUUAUUCCAUAUUCUUAUCAUCCUUUCUUUCUGUUUGAUUUUUUCCAUCUGCCCCAACGAAUUUUCCACAUAUCAAAGAUACCAGAACAACCACUUCAUCCGCAUUGCUUGCCAUCUCAUCAACAUAAUGUUAAUCCCAUUAAAUUAUUGUGCAGUUCUUGCUUGGAAUUCUAAGAAGCUGAAUUUCCGAGGAAUCCAUCCGGGGACCAAGAGAAGAUGGGUGGGGGUUAUGAAGAAGGAUAAGAAGGGGAGAUGGGUAGUGGAUGUGGAGCCAGAGGACCAUCGGAUUUUUGUCGUUUGA